GAUGCCACAAUGUUUCGCUGCCUCCUUCCAUGCCAGCUUCUAGGUGCUGAGUUCACCGUGCCGCCUCUGCCAUCGAAUAAUAAUGAGCAUAACGAUAGUAAAAAUAAUAACAAUAGUAAUAAUACAACAAUGCACCUUAUCUGAAAGUUCUGCUAAAGCAAUGCCCCGGCUGUACAACGCGGAUGCUGCCGAGCUCAGAUUUCACAACGUUUUGCUUGAACACAUGCCUUGAAAUUGAUUUUUGAACCGCGCUGAACCCUUGCUAUUGCAACUGCCCCAGCCUUUUUCUGAAGAUUCCACGUGUUUUCCGCAAUGCCUGCAACCACCAUGUCUUGGACCUUAACUUUGGCCAAGAUCCAGAUCGCUGCUGACUGCCUGUGAAAUUCAGAUGAUCUCCCGCGAAUGUCGUGUGAACAAGACAGCCGGGCGUGGAGGAACGCCUUGGAUUGGUGUUUCCUGGCAGUGGGCCGGCGGGAGCCGUUGCAUUCACAACGUUUUUGGCAUUACGUGGCGAAGGGACAAGUCACAGGUGGACAAUGACUUUCCUUUCCUGCACGCCCCGCAACAUCGCCGAACUUGGGGGGUCACGAGUGCGCCGCGGGGGUAUAUAGCAGCCUUUGUCGCACUCCUGGCCGCCCUGGCAGCCGGCUAUAGCGCUGAAGGAAGUUGCAGAUGUCAGCAGGUCAGCAGCCACCAUCGGACCCUGCUUCCCCAUGACGGCCAGUGGAGCAUGAGGUUUAGUCAUCCAGUGGGGGAAACUGCCAUCGAUUCCUGGGGGUGUUUCGCAUAAUUGCUGGCCAUGUGAAGCUGAAACGGGACGAUUCCUCAAUUGUCAAGCAGAUGGCCUGCCUUGCUGCCAAAGUGAAGCCGCCGCAUCAGUGGACACAGCAUUGCGGCCAUUUCCCACGGAGUUGUGGUGGCUGCUUUUGUUUGCUGAAUUUAGGUUCCAUUCUGCGUGCUGCUGAGUUUUCACUCCACAAACCUGCGGAGCACCAGGUGCUGCGCCAUGAUUCUGCGCUCUGACUUCGUGAAGCUGAGGAGGUACCAAUUGGUCCAAGAUUGGACAUGUUUCCAUUGCCUCCCAAUGACUUUCCACGACAGAUGAGCUGCUGCUGCUUAGCUGUGGCCAAUGCGCCAGAAACUGCAUGUGCAGUCCAUAAUUGGAAAGGGACACAAGCUAUCCCUGGCAACAAGCGGAACAAGCUGAUGAGGACCUUGUUUCAACACUUUCUUUUUUCUCGCUGAAAAGUUACAAGUCGGUUGUUGGGCCGAUCACAAUGCUGGAGACCCUGGCAUGCGCGGGAACGAGACGAAGAAAA